AUGGCGCCGCUGGUCGACAAUCCUCAGAUCAAGCAGGCCGAGCUGCUGCGCCCGCUAUCAUUCCAUUUGCACGCCUAUGUUUGGCCCUUUGCCAUCAUCUGGCCCAUCUUCCUCCGAUACUACUUGACUCCCGACCUGUACGAGACCUACAUUGGUGCGCCAGAAUGGACGUUUGUUUGGUGUGGUACCAUCAUCACUCUUCAGUCUCUUGUCUGGCUUAGCACACACUGGAGCGUAGCUCUGGAGGGUCGCUUCAAGGCCACCAAGGUCAAUACUGUCGAAGAGGCUCAAUUGAUCAAGGUUCUGCCCAUUGCCAACGCUGGUUCUGGCGAAAUUUGCAAGCUUGUGCGCGAAAAGGUUGGUGGUAAGGUCAAUACGUCGUUCCUCUUCCAGAAACGCCGUUUCAUCUACGAUGCCGAGGCAAAGUCCUUCUCUACGAUCCGAUACGAAAUCGACUCCGAACCCAAGCCCGCCAUCGGUCACUUCCAAACCUUUAGGGGUCUUGAGAAGCAGUCUGAUCUUACCCGAGCCGAGCAGAACUAUGGAACCAACACUUUCGAUAUUCCCGUUCCCACCUUCACCGAGCUCUUCAAGGAACACGCCGUGGCACCAUUCUUUGUGUUUCAGAUUUUCUGUGUUGGCCUGUGGUUGCUCGAUGAGUAUUGGUACUACUCGCUCUUCACCCUGUUCAUGCUUGUCGCUUUCGAAAGCACCGUCGUAUGGCAGCGUCAGCGCACUCUGAAUGAGUUCCGUGGCAUGAGCAUUAAGCCCUACGACAUCUGGGUAUUCCGUCUUGGAAAAUGGACCGAGGUGCAAACCGACGCUCUUCUCCCUGGAGACCUCGUCUCCGUCGGACGAACCAAGGAAGAUAGUGGUGUGGCCUGUGACAUGCUGUUGGUUGAAGGAACUGCAAUUGUCAACGAAGCUAUGCUUUCUGGAGAAAGUACACCACUUCUCAAGGACUCUAUCCAACUGCGUCCCUCCGAUGCAGUACUCGAUACUGAAGGUCUCGAUAAGAAUGCCUUCCUUUGGGGCGGUACCAAGGUUCUUCAGGUUACGCACGGUAACCCUGAACAGGAGAAACCCAAGCUCGCAUCUGGUGUUCCCACCCCUCCUGACAAUGGUGCCAUGGCCAUCGUGACCAAGACUGGAUUCGAGACGUCACAGGGUAGCCUGGUUCGCACCAUGAUUUACUCUACCGAACGUGUUUCAGCCAACAACUUUGAGGCCCUUCUCUUCAUUCUGUUCCUCCUUAUUUUCGCAAUCGCCGCUUCUUGGUAUGUUUGGGAUGAAGGCGUUCGCAAGGACAGGAAACGAUCCAAGCUUCUGCUUGACUGCAUCUUGAUUGUCACCAGUGUCGUUCCACCAGAACUCCCCAUGGAACUCAGUCUAGCCGUCAAUACUAGUUUGGCUGCACUUUCCAAACUUGCUAUUUUCUGCACCGAGCCCUUCAGAAUUCCCUACGGCGGUCGUAUCGAUAUUGCCUGCUUCGACAAGACGGGCACUCUUACUGGUGAAGAUUUGGUUGUCGAAGGUAUUGCCGGGCUUGGCCUGGCAGAUUCCGAUGUCGUCGACAAAAAGGAAGCCGACGGAGCUCACUCAACCAUGGUAUCUGUCACUGAAGCCGGCAUUGAAACACAACUCGUCCUCGCCACCGCCCAUGCCCUCGUCAAACUAGACGAAGGUGAUAUCGUCGGUGACCCCAUGGAGAAGGCUACUCUUUCUUCCCUUGGCUGGGCUCUAGGCCGCAAUGACAUCUUGGCAAGCAGGAACAAGAACAGUGGUACACAAGGCACCGUGCAGAUCAAGCGUCGAUUCCAGUUCUCUUCGGCUCUCAAGCGCCAGAGCUCAGUCGCCAUGGUUAACGGUAUUUCUAAGUCUGGCAAGAAGGUGAGGGGCACUUUUGUAGGUGUCAAAGGUGCUCCGGAAACCAUCAUGAAGAUGUUGGUGGACGUUCCCGCGGAUUACGAGGAGACUUUCAAGUACUUUACUCGCAAGGGAUCCCGUGUCUUGGCCCUGGCUUAUAAGCAGCUCACAGUUGAUUCUGAGCUUGGCUCUGGCAAGAUUAAUGACUUGAAGCGUGAAAAGGUCGAAGCCGAUCUCCAUUUUGCUGGCUUCUUGGUUCUGCACUGCCCGUUGAAGGAGGACGCAAAGGAGGCUGUUCAAAUGCUUAAUGAGAGUAGCCACCGCGUUGUCAUGAUUACCGGAGACAAUCCCUUGACUGCCGUCCACGUCGCUCGCGAGGUCGAAAUUGUUGAUCGAGACGUUCUCAUCUUAGAUGCACCUGAAGACAAUGCCAGCGGAAACAAGCUGAUCUGGAGGAGCGUUGACGACAAGGUCAGCAUUCCUGUUGAUGCCACCAAACCCAUUGACGCCGAAAUUCUCAAGACAAAGGACCUCUGCGUUACCGGAUAUGCUCUGGCGCAGUUCAAGGAUCAGGCCGGGUGGAACUCCCUGCUUCGUCACACUUGGGUCUACGCUCGAGUCUCGCCCAAGCAAAAGGAGGACAUUCUUCUUGGUCUCAAGGAUAUGGGCUACUACACUCUCAUGGCUGGCGAUGGCACCAAUGAUGUCGGCGCUCUCAAACAGGCACACAUUGGUGUUGCCCUGCUCAAUGGUACAAAGGAGGACUUGACUCGCAUCGCUGAACACUCGAGAAACACCAAGAUGAAGGAAGUUUACCAGAAGCAGUGUGAUUUGAUGAAACGUUUCAACCAGCCAACUCCUCCUGUUCCUGUCAUGAUCGCCCACCUGUACCCCCCUGGACCCAGCAACCCCAACUACAUGAAGGCCGCCGAACGCGAGGCCAAGAACAAGAACAUGACCACCGAGGAUUACAUCAGAGCACAGGGCCACCCAACCGAAACUAUUGUGUCCCCUGGCGCGCAGAGCUUGGUCAACGCCCAAGAUUCUCGCCAAGCCGAGGUUCAGAAGAAGGCCGCUGGGCUAGCUGACAAACUUGCAUCUGGAAUGAUGGAAGCCGAGUUGGGUGACGACGAACCCCCAACUCUGAAGCUCGGUGAUGCAUCCGUCGCCGCUCCCUUCACUUCUAAGCUCCGAGAUGUUAUUGCCAUUCCCAACAUUAUCCGCCAAGGUCGAUGCACGCUCGUUGCCACAAUCCAGAUGUACAAGAUCCUCGCUCUGAACUGCCUCAUUAGUGCCUACUCUCUCUCCGUCCUGUACCUUGAGGGUAUCAAGUUUGGCGAUACUCAGUACACAAUCAGUGGUAUGCUCAUGUCCGUCUGCUUCCUCAGCAUUUCCCGCGCCAAGGUCGUCGAAGGCUUGAGCAAAGAGCGACCUCAGCCCAACAUCUUCAACAUUUACAUCAUCGGCUCCAUCCUCGGCCAAUUCGCCAUUCACAUCGUGACUCUCAUCUACAUCGCUCGUCUCUGCGAAAAGAUUGAGCCACGCUCUGGCCUCGUCGAUCUCGAAGCUGAAUUCGAGCCAUCUCUCCUCAACUCUGCCAUCUAUCUCCUCCAGCUCAUCCAGCAAGUCUCAACCUUUGCCAUUAACUACCAGGGCCGCCCAUUCCGCGAAUCCCUCUCCGAGAACAGAGCCAUGUUCUACGGCAUCCUGGGCGUAUCCGGCCUCGCCUUCGUCUGCGCCCUCGAAUUGAUGCCCGAAAUCAACGAACAGAUGAAACUUGUCAAAUUCACCGAGGAAUUCAAGAUUAAAAUGGCUGUUGUCAUGGCUCUCGACUACGUCCUCUGCUUCGUCAUCGAGAAGGGUCUCAAGGCCGGAUUCAGCGACUACCACUCCCGUGAUAUCGCUGAGCGUCGUCCCGAACAGCUCGAGCGCGAAAAUGCCCGCAAGAAGAUUGAAUUUGAGAAGAAGGCUGCUGAGGAAGAGGCAAAGAGGAUGGAAAAAGUGGCCGAGUUUGAGAGACAGGUCGCUGAGAGGAGACAAAAGCUGGAGGAGUGGAGGACCGGGCGUCGUGCUCAGUAA